CGCAAUUUACCAUAAAAAUUAUAAUUUAUUUAUCACUUUUAAGAAAGCUUGCGAACUUUUAAAUUCCAAUUAGCCAUCAAGUAUGAAUUUUCUUAUAUGUACAUCCCCGCGGUGUCAAAUUUAACAAAAUCUUAUAAAUUAUGUGGAACACUCUCAUGUUAGUAUUCGUUUUACCCAUUCGAGUUCCACUUUUUAAAACAAGAUGAUCAUAAAAUGUGUCUCUUUAUUUGUAACUAUAUCAAAUUAUGAUACAUUAGAAACUGCAUUUUUGCACAAAAUAAACAAAUAAAAAGAAAAUGGUUGAGUUGAAACUUGAUGAGAAAAAGAUUCCAGAAUUCCGAUUAAUCUUCUAAAAAAACUCAUAUAAUUAUACUCAAAAUAAAUAAAUAAUUGAAUUUUAAUUAUUUGUUAAAUAUGUUUAUUAAAAGAAUUGGGUAUUUUGAUAACUUUUAAUUUCGGUAGGGUUUUGACACGAAUAACUAGACAAUCUGAGGGGUUAAUUGUAAUUAACCAACCCUUAGAUACCCUUUAUAAAGAAUGUAUUCAAAUUCUUCGCAUGAAUUUGAGUCCUAAUAGAAGAGGUGCGGCAGCCUCAAUUUCUUGGGCAUCAAGAGAUGGAUGCAUGAUCAUAUUUUUCCUAAUAUAAAUGUACAAAUUAAAUUACCUAAAAUUGAUUCCAACUAAAAUCAAUCAAUUCCAUGGCGGAAAACCAGGCGGCGGCGAGCAGUAGUGCGACGGUGGCGACGACGUUGGGGAACUCGGUGAUACCGUUGGUGAACAAGCUGCAGGAUAUUUUCGCGCAGCUAGGGAGUGAGUCAACGAUCGAGUUGCCGCAGGUGGCCGUCGUCGGCAGCCAGAGCAGCGGUAAAUCGAGUGUGCUGGAGGCGCUCGUUGGGCGUGAUUUUCUGCCACGUGGCAACGGCAUCUGCACGCGCCGUCCGCUAGUGCUGCAGCUAGAGCAGAGGAAGGGGAAGGCUGAUGGAAGGGAUCAGGAGUGGGGGGAGUUCCUGCAUUUGCCGGGGAGGAAAUUUUUCGAUUUCGAUGAAAUCCGGAAGGAGAUUCAGGCCGAAACAGAUAGAGAAGCUGGAGGAAACAAAGGUGUUUCAGACAAACAGAUACGAUUGAAAAUAUUUUCGCCAAAUGUUCUCGACAUUACGCUUGUGGAUCUGCCAGGCCUAACAAAAGUGCCUGUUGGUGAUCAGCCAUCUGAUAUUGAAGCACGCAUUAGAACAAUGAUAAUGUCAUAUAUUAAACGUCAAAGCUGCCUGAUUAUUGCUGUCACGCCAGCAAAUUCUGAUCUGGCUAACUCAGAUGCUCUUCAGAUGGCUGGAAUUGCCGAUCCGAAUGGUCAUAGAACAAUUGGUGUAAUUACUAAGUUGGAUAUUAUGGAUAGAGGUACUGAUGCCCGGAACUUUCUGCUUGGAAAAGUUAUUCCUCUACGCCUUGGCUAUGUCGGUGUUGUCAAUCGCUGUCAAGAGGAUAUUCUGAGGAGUAAGAGCAUCAAAGACGCACUUAUAGCAGAGGAGAAGUUCUUUAGCAGUCUCCGAGUAUACAACGAUCUUGCUGAGCAUUGUGGAGUUCCACAGUUAGCCAAGAAGUUGAACCAGAUCCUGGUACAACAUAUUAAGACAGUUCUUCCGGGGUUGAAGUUACGGAUUGGCGAGGCGCUGGCUUCUGUUGCGAAGGAGCAUGCUAGCUAUGGAGAAAUUACUGAAUCAAAGGCUAGCCAGGUGGCGUUAUUACUUAACAUUCUCUCUAAGUACUCUGAAGCAUUCUGUUCAACGAUAGAAGGAAAAAAUGAAACGAUGUCAACAACUGAGCUAUCUGGUGGAGCAAGAAUCAAUUACAUUUUCCAAAAUAUUUUUGUAAAGAGCUUGGAGGAUGUUGAUCCUUGUGAGGAUUUGACUGAUGAUGAUAUCCGCCUUGCCAUUAAAAAUGCAGCCGGUCUGAAGUCGGCAAUGUUUGUGCCAGAGGUGCCUUUUGAAGUUCUUGUCAGAAGACAAAUAGCACGUUUAUUGGAUCCAAGUCUCCAGUGUGCUAGAUUUAUCUAUGAUGACCUAAUCAAGAUGAGCCGUCGCUGUAUGGUUAGUGAGCUCGAACGGUUUCCGGCCCUACGAAAACGCAUGGAUGAGGUCGUUGGGAUUUUUUUACGACAAGGUCUUGAGCCAGCAGAGACAAUGAUAGGACAUAUUGUUGAAAUGGAGAUGGAUUUCAUAAACACUGCCCAUCCAAAUUUUGUUGGUGGGAGUAAAGCCGUAGAAAUGGCAGUACAACAGAUCAAAUCGGAUGGUAUUGCUGCACCUAUCGCGAGUAAGAAGGAUACAGGAGAUCCACAGAAACUACUUAACACGACGAGAAGCUUAAAGUCCCAAACUAUACCUGGCAUGCAAAUUAAUGGAAUUUUUCCAGAGCAAGGUGUCCGACCUGUUGUGGAUGUUCCGAAAACUGCACUAGCUGUCAACAGAGUUGGUUCAGCUUGGGGAAUACCUUCAAUUUUUGGCAAACAUCAUGACAAAUGCACGUCGGUUGGAGAGUGUUCCACUAGCCAAGUGUUUAACGAACCUGUUCAUAACCCGGAGCGAGGUUUUUCAAAUAUGAUUCGUUUGAGACAGCCUCCUAGCGUACUGAAGCCGUCGGAAACCCAUUCAGAUCAAGAGGCUAUCGAGAUUACUGUUACGAAGCUGUUAUUGACGUCGUACUAUGAUAUUGUACGGAAGAAAAUUGAGGAUUCUGUACCGAAAGCAAUUAUGCAUUUCCUGGUGAACCGUACCAAGCGAGAGCUCCAUAAUGUUUUUAUCCAAAAACUUUACAGAGACAACUUGUUGGAAGAGAUUUUGCAGGAACCAGAGGAGAUCUCCAUUAAGAGGAAGCGUACAACGAAUACACUUCGUAUCCUCGAGGAAGCUUUACGUACUCUUGAUGAAUUUCCGGUUGAAGUUGGGACUGUUGAGGGAGGAUACAGAUUGAGUACUGACCCUACAGGCCUGCCAGAGAUCCACAGGCUUCCAUUUCCUGCAAGAUAGUUAUUUUUUA